AUGGAAGACGACAAACACGAAGUGAAAUCAUUCAAAGAAUUAGGGUUAGUUGAACAAUUAAUCGAGGCUUGUGAUAGUUUAGGCUGGAAAAAUCCUUCUAAGAUUCAGGCUGAAGCCAUUCCUCAUGCACUUGAAGCACAAACUGGUUCUGGUAAAACUGGAGCUUUUGCUCUACCGAUUCUUCAAGCCCUGUUGGCUGAUCAACACGCCUUCUUUGCCUGCGUGCUUUCUCCCACAAGGGAACUUGCAAUUCAAAUUGCUGAGCAAUUUGAGGCCUUGGGGUCAAGCAUUAGUUUAAAGACUGCAGUGCUUGUUGGAGGGGUAGACCAUGUACAACAAAGCAUCGCCCUUGGAAAACGACCACACAUUGUUGUUGCGACACCUGGACGUCUCGUGGACCAUUUAUCUAACACUAAAGGCUUUUCUCUUCGCACGAUAAAGUACUUGGUUUUGGAUGAAGCAGACAGAUUGCUAAAUGAGGAUUUUGAAAAAUCACUUGAUGAAAUCUUAAACUCCAUUCCUCGUGAAAGGAGAACAUACUUGUUCUCUGCUACAAUGACUAAGAAGGUGCAAAAGCUGCAAAGAGCUUGUCUAAGAAACCCUGUAAAGAUGGAAGUGGCGUGUAAAUAUUCUACUGUUGACACGUUGAAGCAGCAGUUGCGUUUUGUGGCAGCUAAGCACAAGGACUGUUAUCUUUUAUAUAUUUUACUUGAAAAAUGUGAGAGCACAUCAAUGGUGUUCACACGUACAUGUGAAGCAACGCGUCUUUUGGCUUUAAUGCUUUGUAACCUUGGUUUAAAUGCAACCCCAAUUUCUGGUCAAAUGACUCAGACAAAAAGGCUAGAGAACUUGAGUAAGUUCAAGGCUGGGACCUGUCCAAUUCUUAUAUGCACUGACGUGGCGAGUAGAGGACUUGAUAUUCCUUCUGUUGAUAUGGUUAUAAAUUACGAUAUCCCCACAAACUCAAAAGAUUAUAUACAUCGAGUGGGAAGAACAGCACGUGCUGGGAGAUCUGGGGUUGCUAUUUCUUUGGUGAAUCAGUAUGAGCUUGAGUGGUAUAUUCAAAUAGAGAAGCUUAUUGGUAAAAAGUUACCCGACUUUGAAGCACAAGAAGAGGAGGUUUUGUUAUACUUGGAACGUGUCACUGAGGCUAAACGCCUAUCGCUCAUGAGCAUUAAGGAAGCGGGAGGGCAUAAGAGGAGGAGGGAGGAGGAUGUGGGUCACAAGUUCCAUGGGAAGAAUAACAAGUCUAAACGCAGAUAGAUUUGAAUUCGUGUAAUUUCACAAUUUUGUUAUGAGGAUUCAGGAGGAUUCUUUAGUUUUAUAACUCUAUAUUAUUUAAAGGAGGAGGGAAUUUGUAAAUUUUAUUCUAGGUUUUAUUUUAAGGAUUAUCAACUUUUGUUUAGGGA